CCGAGUACUGUUUCCCGGUGAAAAUCUAUGUCACAGACAAGAUUUACGACAUCUUGGUACCCGAUACCAAGUGUUGUAAGAUCUUAAGGAAGGCAAACACUGCAAGCAUGUCUGAUAGUGACAGUAUGCCUGGUUUCAAAGAAGACCGCCUGGCAGUAGAGGAGAAGAUUAGUGAAGCCAGAGAGCAGCAGAUGUGUGUUGUCAGACUAGCCCAGGACAAGGUCAACAAACUGAAUGCAUGUUUCCCCACAGACAGUCUCAGUCGGACGAAGACUGCAGCAUUUAAUACAUAUGGACAAGAAUACUUGUAUGACCCCAUUCUCCAGGAUGUUCUGGAAGAAAGAGGCCAGGCUAUGUCUGAGGUGGACCGUUUAUGGGCAGAUGUUUUGGUCAGAAACCCGUACCUGUCCAAAAUCAUCACCAAAAUUGACCUGAAAGCCCUCAGUUAUCUGCGCAGACUGGACGUGGAAGAAUUUAGACGUGGUUACCGGUUUCAUUUUUACUUUGAUCCUAACCCUUAUUUCUAUAAUAAACAUCUGUGUAAAGAGGUGUUUACUGAUAUCCCAAAAGUCUCUGCGAAUUGUGUGGUUGUUGAAAGCGACGAGGAAGAAAAUCUUCCUUGUGCCUCCAGUUCUAUUCCUGUGCUGUGGAAGAAAUGUCGGGUAA